AUGGAUAAGUCAAUAUCAAAGGACACGCUGGAGGCACAAGUCACUGCUCUUAACGGCGAUGCUGCCACUCACGCUACAAGCAUGCCUCCAGAAGCAAAAGACAUCCCAGGCUACGAUGAAAGUCUCAGUUGGACGCCUUCAGAAGCUCGAAGGGCUGUGCGUCGCGUCGACUUCGCCAUCCUGCCUUUCAUCGUUCUCCUCUUUUGCUUCUUGCAGUUUGGCAGAACCAAUGUUGCAAACGCAUUGACGGACACACUCCGGGCGGACGUGGGCAUCAACAACUACCACAUCAACUUGGCACAAACACUCUUCAUCGUCGGUUUCAUUAUCACAGAGAUCCCAUUCAACAUGAUCAGCAAAUACUUCGGGCCCGAAAGAUUCUUGCCAGUGACCAUGGUGUUGUGGGGCUGCGCAACAUGGAGCCAGAUGUUCAUGACGGGGCCUGCCACUUUCUACGUUUGCAGGUUCUUUGUUGGAGCGCUCGAAGGUGGCUAUAUUCCCGGUAUGGCGCUGUACAUAUCGAAGUUUUACAGCAACCAAGAACUUGGACUGCGGUACGCUCUGUUCUGGGCUUCCAACUCAAUCGCAGGAGCACUUUCGGGACCCUUGUCUGUAGGAUUGCUGUCCCUACGAGGAAGAGGUGGACUGGCUGGUUGGCAAUGGCUGUUUCUCAUCGAGGGCAUCUUGACCUGCUUCCUUGGCUGUGUGGCAUACCUGUAUCUGCCACAUGGAGCGGCCCAACCCAAAGUCUUCUUUGGCAGAUCUUUCAAUCUGUUCCCGCAGCGAGAAGCCGCUAUUCUCGUGACCAGGGUGAUGCGAAAUGACCCUUCAAAAGCGCUCAGGUACGGGAAGCCAGUCCUUCCAUCCCAUAUAUUCGAAACCUUCGCCGACUGGAAACUGUACGGACACUUGGUCUCGGCUUUUCUGUCUAUGGUGAUGAUUCAGCCGGUCAACACCUACGCACCCUCGAUCAUCAAGUCGCUCGGCUUUACGGGCCUUCAAGCCAAUGGCCUGAACUCAGUGGGAAGUGUAGGCGCGUUGAUCCUCUCGGUGACGCUUGCAUACAGCAGUGAUCAUCUGCGUGAAAGAGGCAUACAUAUAAUGAUCGGCUUUCUAUGGGGUGCAGCUGGACUUUUAUGGCUGGCCCUGGCACCAAGUGUGGUGGGGAGAUGGGUCCUCUACGGUGGCGUUGUUAUGACGCAAAUGGGCAUGGGUACUGCUCAAGCCAUCAAUGCUGCUUGGCUCGCCUCGAAAAUGGAAGACUACAAAAGGCCUAUCGCUUUGGCUGCAUAUGUAAUGUCGAUUCAGCUGGCAGGUUUUCCUGGAAAUCAGCUGUUUCGACAACAAGACGCUCCACGCUACCAAAGAGGUCUCAUUAUCGCCGCAGUGUUAGCUAUAUCGGGCGCUGUGGUUAUUGGGAUCUGGAAGUUCCUAUACCGGAUAUUUGACCAUGGAGAUGGUGGCGUUGAGGUCGUACCUGGCAGAGACCCGGAACAGUAA